AUGGCGAACAAGCUCCUCCUCCCGUCCCCGUGGCCAAACCUGCUGUGCGUGACUGCACCAGCCUCACACGGAGAAGCUGCCUUCAAGGCUCUCUUUCUCUCUCUGCAGAUCAGCAAACAGCAGCUGCAGACUGUCAAGGACCGGUUCCAGGCUUUCCUCAAUGGGGAGACCCAAAUCGUGGCUGAUGAGGCCUUUAUGAAUGCUGUCCAGAGCUACUACGAGGUGUUUCUCAAGAGUGACCGUGUGGCCCGCAUGGUGCAGAGCGGUGGCUGCUCAGCCAAUGACUCUCGGGAGGUCUUCAAGAAACACAUUGAGAAGAGGGUGCGCAGCCUGCCGGAGAUUGAUGGGCUCAGCAAGGAGACCGUGCUGAGCUCCUGGAUGGCCAAGUUUGAUGCCAUCUACCGUGGCGAGGAGGACCCCAGGAAGCAACAAGCCCGGAUGACAGCCAGUGCAGCUUCUGAGUUGAUUCUGAGCAAAGAACAACUCUAUGAGAUGUUCCAAAACAUUCUUGGUAUCAAGAAGUUUGAGCAUCAACUCCUGUAUAAUGCCUGUCAGCUGGACAAUCCAGAUGAGCAGGCAGCCCAGAUCAGACGAGAACUGGAUGGACGUCUCCAAAUGGCAGACCAAAUAGCCAGGGAACGCAAAUUUCCUAAAUUUGUAUCCAAAGAAAUGGAGAACAUGUACAUUGAGGAGCUGAAGUCCUCUGUGAACCUGCUCAUGGCCAACUUGGAGAGCAUGCCGGUGUCCAAGGGUGGAGAGUUCAAGCUGCAGAAACUCAAACGCAGCCACAAUGCUUCCAUCAUUGACAUGGGCGAGGAGAGUGAGAACCAGCUGUCCAAGUCAGAUGUCCUGCUGUCUUUCUCCUUGGAGGUGGUGAUCAUGGAAGUUCAGGGCCUUAAAUCCUUGGCUCCAAAUCGCAUUGUCUACUGCACAAUGGAGGUCGAGGGUGGAGAAAAACUGCAGACCGACCAAGCCGAGGCUUCUAAGCCAACGUGAGUACUUUCUCCGUAGUUUAUCUCACCAAGGUGGUCGCCGUUGGUUUUGUUUGUGCCGAUAACAAAGGAAAGAACUGUUUUUCCAGAGGAGCCCAGAAGGUCCACACCUUCUUUAGCAAACAAGGGACUUGACUCCAUUUUUUUAAAACAAUCUCAUGUAGUUCAGGCUGGCCUCAAACCGACUAUGUAGCCA